AUGUUAAGAAGAGGAAUCGUUGUGGGAGCUAUUCUGAUAGCCAUCCUGAGCUUUUGGUCUGCCACACGUCCUCCAGCAACAUUGCCACCAUUGAUAUCCGGCCGUAAAAAUGUUGUCCUUUUCGUUACAACUGGAGCCAAAGGCCUCGCCAACGUGCAUCUAGCAACUAGUAACGUCCUAUCUUCGACAUAUCCAGGGCUGGAUAUCCACUACGCGUCGUUUGCGAAGCUGAAGCCUGAUGUUGAACGCGUUUCGUCUACUAAUAAUCCCAUCAAAUGGCACGAGCUACCGCCUCCAGAUAUUCUACAAACAGUCGAUCGCGAGUAUGGCAGUAUCGAUGGGCUUGCUGCUCCUCCUGGCCUUGAUGGCCUUACUAAGUUGAUGAGCGAUGUACAGAUAAUGUUGACCCCAUGGACUGCCGAGGAGCACUGGCACCUGUAUCAAACUAUCAAGGAGCUGAUCUACCAAGUUGACCCUGCUGUUGUAGUGUUGGAUACCGGCUUUCGACCAGCUGCAGAAGCAGUGCAAGACUCUAGGUAUAGGUAUAUCGUUAUCUGUCCAAAUACUCUCAUCGACUCGUUUCCGCACAAGCAGCCAUGGGGAGCUAUGCUCUGGAAAUAUCCUCCCAUUGCUUCUGGUCAUCCUUUCCCUGUGCCAUGGAGACUUAUUCCGACCAAUAUCUAUCUUCAACUACGCAUGAUAUAUGGUGUUUUGGUAGCACCGGGUGUUAAGGAAAAGAGGAAUUACCUUUUGGGAAAGGGCAUUAAUAAUCCGAUUGACCUCAUGGGCAAUCAGAGACAUGAUGUACCUUGGCUCGCAGCAUCUCUUCCAGAAGCGAGCCUCCCAUUAAUGCAUGUGCCCGAGGGUGCCAAAUUCUGCGGCCCCAUUGUUCUUGAGGCGGCUCCUCUAGAGGAGCAAGACGCACAUAUGGCUGCUUGGCUAAAGCAGGCGCCAACCAUACUUAUAAACCUCGGUAGCGUCGUCAAAUUUGACAACGCUGAGGCUCAGUCAAUGGUAGCCGCAUUGCUCCCAAUUCUCGAAACCACCAACAAUCAGGUCUUGUGGAAAAUAAAGAAACGCCAUGACUUCGAUAACUCCUUUCUAAACCCUAUUAGAGAGUAUAUGGCCAGUGGGAGAAUUAGGAUUGAGUCUUGGAUCAAGGCCGAUCCGGCUGCGUUGCUUGCGACUGGAGAUAUAAGGCUUGUUGUUCAUCACGGGGGUGCAAACAGUUACCACGAAGCGAUUUUAUACGGGGUGCCUCAGAUCAUCCUUCCAAAAUGGUUCGACCUGUACAACUACGCAGCAACAGCUGAGUACGUCGGCGUCGGUAUUUGGCCUACUAAAACGACGGCACCGAACUGGACAGUCGAGGCCUUAAGUAGCGCCUUGAUAGGAGCUAUUUCGAAUGAGGCUCUAAAGGAAACGGCCCAGAGACUAGGGCAAGUAGCACGGCAAUAUGAAGGUCGACUCUUAGCGGCCAGAGAGGUUGCUGCAAUUGCUUCAAAAGGACAAGAGUAG